AUGGAUGAAAACAGAGCUCCCAUCGUCCCUUAUGUGUACAUUAAGCAUACUGGUAAAGUGCGAGACGCCGAACCUGUUAGAGUGGUUAGCUCCUGUAACCUGGAGAUCUACACCUUCCCCUUUGACGUCCAGAACUGCACCUUCACCUUCAACUCCUACAUCCACCACAUGUCGGACAUAAGGAUUAUCUUAGGGAAGAAGGUGGAGGACAUCCUGAAACGCUCCAUUAGUGUGUUGUCCACUGAAGGGGAGUGGGAGCUGAUGGACAUCAAAUCCAGCAAGUUCAAUUUAUCAGCACUCGAUCAGGGAGAAAGCAACCACUAUGAUGAGCUCUACUUCUACAUUGUCCUGAGGCGCAGAGCAACCCUCUACGUGGUGAACCUCCUGAUCCCCAGCUUCUUCCUCAUCACUGUGGAUCUCUUCAGCUUCCUGCUGCCUCCCGAGAACGUGGACCGCUCCUCCUUCAAGAUGAGUCUUAUUUUUGGCUACUCCGUCUUCCUGCUCAUCGUGAAUGACCUGCUGCCCGUUACAGGAAGCACCAUACCAUUGAUAAAUGUGUUCUUCGCCAUCUGCUUGGCUCUGAUGGUGGCCAGCCUGCUGGAGACUAUUCUCAUCACCAACCUCCUGGUUGCCUCCAGUAACUUCCACCCAGUGCCUGGCUGGGUCCGAGUGCUCGUCCUGCGCUUCAUGGGGAACCUCGUCUGGCUGCCUCAGAAAUCCAGAGAGGACAAGAUCAUCUGCAAUCCAGUUGCAGGAGUGUCGGUGGUUCAAACAGGAGAACCAGGUAAGAUGUGGGCAGGGGCAGGCGAUCCAGCCCUGGCGGAGCUGAGGAAUCUGGGCAAUGAGCUGCAGUCCAUCCGCCUCCAUAUGGUCCAGCAUGUGGACGGGAACCAGAUCUCCCAGGACUGGAUGCAGGUGGGCUACAUCCUCGACCGGCUGCUGUUUGGCGUCUACUGCAUCUUCAUCACCUUCAGCUUCAUCGUCAUCCUCAUUAUCUGGAAUCCACCAGCAUCAGGGGCGGCUCUGGUGCGGGACGAAGAACCCUCUCAUCCCACGGAUCCGCCAGCUUUGGUGGCGGCUGUGGUGCGGGCCGAAGAACCCACUCAUCCUGCGGGUCCAGCCAUGGACCCAGGCUGA